AUGCCUCCUCGGAGAGGUGGCAGACCACUCCCGACCCCAGUGUACCCAAAAGGAGGUGACCGACGGGCGGAAUCAGCCGCGUCCGUUCUCACCGCCACCGCCCCCUCCUCCAGCGUGCUGCGGUACUGGGCCCUGAGGCUCCGGGCCGAGCGGCCCCGCCUCUCUCCGCCCGACGCGGUCCGGCCCCGCCUCUCCACCCUCCGCCGGCAGCGGCGCGCGGCCAUGGAGGCUCCGCACGGCGCGGGGCCGUUGCCCACCGCCCGCCUCCGCGCUGCCGUGCAGCCGCACUGCCGGCCGCCCUCUGCCCGAUCCCAGCGGGGGUCGCCGCACAGCGCGCAGGGGGAGCUGGGUGCAGAGCCGGGCCCUGGCAGCGAGCAGCCCCUCACCCCAGGCUGUGACACACAGAUGGGCUGCUCCAAGGUGGGCAGCUCAAACCAGGAGUAUUACCUGAAACUGGAAGAGUUGAAGAAUGCCCACUUGGAGACAAUGGCAAAAUUAGAAAGCAUGUAUCGGAACAAGCUGUAUUUACAAGGAGUACAGCCCUUGGAGAGGAACAACGCUAACAGUGCUACUUCCAAGGUCUGCUGUAGGCCAACGUGGGAGAAGAGCGCAUAUCAGCCUCUAAGUUUGCCCAGAUCCUUCUCUGACUCCAGCAUAAGCGAUCCCUUAGGCUCGGCUGUGUCUGGUGGGUCCGAAAGAGAACUAUCAUCUGAGGACAGCUGUAGUGAAACUGGAUCAUUACUAUUUGCUAAGGAACGGAUUGCAAGGAUGUGGGAUGGCUUCUCAGUGGAUGACUACCUUCCUCCCAGGAAGCACAGCCUGCCCACUGCAGCAGCUUCCAGGACAACACGGAAGCAGAAGGCAUGGUCACCAAAAAUCACUGUGCCCAAGCCCUUCCAGAUGACAAUUAGAGAAGCCAGAAGAAAAGAACAGAAUGUCAAAUCCAAGUCACAGAUUGAAAUGGAAAAUAACCUACUGAAGAAGCAGCUGGAGGAAGAAGCAGAGUGUCAGAAAAAGUUCCGAGCCACUCCAGUGCCCGCUGCAGUCUUCCUGCCACUCUACCAUGAAAUCGUGCAAAGGAAUGAGGAGCGCAGGAAGUCUGUGAAGGAGAGGAGCAAACUCAGGCUCUUGGCUUCUCAGAAGCCAUUUAAGUUCAUUGAAAGAGAGAAGCAAAGGGAUGAAAUUAGAAGAAUGCAAUUAAGAGACCUUUCCACACCUGAAAAGAAAACAAAACCAUUCAAAGCAAAACCAGUUCCCAGAUAUGUUUAUAGCCCAUCGGUUAGAGACAAGCUACAGGAGGAAGAGCUCUACAGAGAAAUCCGGAUUAGAAUGAGAGCUGAGGAGCUGCUGCGAAAUGCAUCUCUGCCCACCAGCAGGCUGGCUCCCAAGGAUGUCAACAAGAAGAAGAAACACAAGUGUGCCGAACCAAAGGAAAUGGAGCACAAACCCAAGAUCCAACCCAGAGUUCCAGAUUUUGACCGACUACACCAGAAGUUUCAGAAACGGCUCCGGCAGAAGCAGCAGGUGAAACACCUCACGGUCUGCGAGCCGUUCCAUCUCCGCACUCCGUACAUUGCCUCGAACAAGGGGAAGGUUUUGAGAGACAUUCAAGAGGAUGAAGAAAGGCUAAAAGAAACACGCUGGCCAUACGCCUCUCCAAGGCGCAAACCCCAAACCAGACAGUCAAGUGCAAAUUCACCUCUCUUGGGAUCUGGAGAAUCCAAGUCGCCAAGAGUCACACAAGCCUCACAACGAAGGCUGCAGGCCCUAAGGAAUUCACAUGAGGAAAAGAGAAGGCUGGAAGAACAACAGAAAAGAAACAGAACAAAGCAGAAACAAAGAACAAAAAAACUGCAGAAAAUUGUAAUGACUCGGGCUGAGGCCAAUGACCCCCAUCAGAGCCUCGCUCAGGUCUCUGAAUCCAAACUAAAGGCAUUCAGGAACUCCUCAAAGCAGAGAAUGCAGGAGUAUUGGCAAGAGUUGCAAGAAAUGGAAGAAAGAGUAAAGCAAAGGCCAUUGCUCUUGGAAAGAGUAACUCAGAGUAAUGCCAGAAUAGCUGCAGAAAAAUAUUAUUCUAACAGACUGAGAGCUCUGGGGGUAUGUCCAGACUUUGUUUCAAAGAAAGGACAAACAACUAACUUGCUAGAGUGCUACACUGCUGAAGAUUUUGAUGCCAAAGAAAGAGCCAUCAAGGGUACAGUGGAAGAAAGGGAAUUAUUUGAGGAAGCAAACAGCAUCAGUCCUCAAUCUGAGCAAUCCUUUGAGGAAGAGAAGAGAACAGGCAUCAGAACCCCCAGCUGGGAUGCUGAAUCCGCUGAGAGGGAGGAAGAGGAAAAGACACAAGCCAGCCCUCAAGUUCAGCAACCUCACUGUGCAGAAGAGACCAGGUCCAGCCCCACCUCCAACCAGCACUGUGAAGAAGAGGAGCAGAAAGAGGAAAAGGAGGAGGAGGAAGCAAAGGCAGGCGUUCUGCUUGGACAUUCCCUAGAGGAAGAGAAUGAAGAAGAGGAGGAUGGGUCAAGACCCAGCUCUCAGUCUGAUCGGUCCCAUGAGCAGCAAGAGGAGAGUCAGUCUGACCAUGAAGCUGAGGGUGCUUUCCAAUAUGAGGAUGAGGAAUAUGAAAGUGAUGAUUCUGAAGAGAAGCCCAGUGAUGACGAGGCUGACUGAAGGGAAGGCAGAUAGGGCAGCCUGGUGCUGUGGAACCUAUUUCAUUGCUGGCAUUGAAAUAGACACCAAAACCAUGUCUUUUUGCUACUAAUAUUAAAAACUGUGAAUUUAAAACUCUUAGCUUAACAGUCUUUCCAGCACAGAAGCUGUGUUGAUUUUCCAAUAUGAAAGAUUAAGUUAUUCAUUGCUACCAAGAAAAAAAAAAAAAAAUCAGUUAUUUUACAUCCCUCUUCUUUAUUCUGGACUUCAGUGACACUCAUGCACUUCUGUUCCUAAAAUGAACAGCAACCAGUGUUUAAAAAUGCCUUGUGUGCUGUGUUGUUAAGUACUGAGGUCUCAGCACAUCCAGCAGUAACUUGCUCUUGCCUCUCAGUUUCAAACACUGGGGCCCUUUCAGGUUCUGUUCCUGCAGUAUCGUCAAGGAUGGCAAUGAAGCAACAAGGGUUUGUUGUGCAAGACCUCAGGUUGUGUUUAGUAGAGCAGCUACAAGAAAGACACCCGCAGUCAGACAAAAUGGCCAAGUUCACCUGUUUGGCUCCUCCCUCCUGUUCACUCCCACCAGCAAGCUGGAUUGGCUCAGCAAUAGUCCAGGAGAGCACCAGGGUCAGAAAAGUAGGAGGUGACUGCUUUUGGAAGAAACAAACUGUUACAUGGUCACCAUGAAUGUUCUGUGCACCUAAUAUAGGAAUAGCAUUACUGUUACUGAAGGCUUGGCACGUAGAGGAGAAAAAAAAAUGCACUAGAAUAUAUUGAGAACCAUCAUUUUUUGUUUUCACUGAGCUCUAACAAUGACAGACAAGUGGGGUAGAAUAAAGUCAGUAGAAUAUCUUGAAGAAAAAAAAGCAUCAUUCUGCAGAUUGCUACCCAACUGAGAUAGGAAGUUGUGCUCUUUCACCUCUGUUUUGAUCCGCAGAGCUCUUUUGCAAUCAUGUAAAUCUACCAUUAACAUAACAAGUGCUGACAUUAACCUUCACACCUCCUUGUAGAGACAGUCAAGGGAUACUGUGAAAAGAGAGCCUUAUGACUUCACAUAAACUCAUACCCCUACUCAGGGCUUCAGGUACUACUCCACAAAGAACACAGACUGGUUUGUUUCUGCCCUUGCUAUUUAUAUCCCCAGUAGCUUCUCCUACUCUUAGAGAGCUUUCCUGCUAACCUGUCAUAGGCAAUAUUAGGAGAGAAAACAAAACUUCCAUAACAAACAGUAGAGAGCAGAGCAUAACGUGGCACAGGCUCUAAAUAGUGAGCACAGUAUUUGUUGAAGUGAUCACACCUGCACAAGCAGCUGCAACAGCCAAGAGUAUACAUUUGGUGUUUCUGUGUUUGCUCUACUCAGGUUUCCUUCCGCACUGUAUCUGUUAUUAUUUAUUCCUCCUGACUUUGAGAAUCUAUGUCUCACUGUUUAGAUUUUCUUUUUAAUUUAUUUUUUAUGUGUGGCAUAACUAAUACAAAUUUGAACCUGUUGUUUUGUCGUCAUUUUUUUGUUUUUUUGUUUUUUUUGUUUUAACUCAAAAUCUCCAUCCCACAUCUCUCUUACUAAAAUAUUAAUCACUGCUUCACAAUGAAAAUCAUAGUUUACAAUCUUGACAACCCACAAUACAAAUGACGUUUGUUUGCUUGUGGAAGUCACUAGACUUUAGUUCUUAAAAGUCAUACAAUAAGUUACUGAGUCAGGUAUUACUGACACACAAUCACACAUUACUGCUGCAGUCUUUAUUGAACCAGUUUUUGAGUUGUCUUGAAAGAAGGCAGAAAAGCUUCAGAUUGUGUUUUCUCAUACAGAGACUAUUUGAAGAAUUUUCAAAUCCAAGACAUUCAAACCAGUUUUUAAAACCUGAUAGCACUUAAGUUUUGAGUUUUCUAAAGAAUAUAACUAUAUAAUCAAGCCAUUAGGAUAGAGUAUAAGAAACAUUACCAAAAACCUCCCUUCAACUAGGAGGUAGAAAGAACAACUUUAAGAUGAGUAGAUUUGAAGAACGCACACAUAAGUGGGAUAACAAGAAAGAGUCAAAACAGUUUUGAAGGUUACACCUCAGUUUUCCUAGCAUUUCUAAAGCAGCCAAGCAGAACUAUGUAAUCAAACGUGAUCCAGCUGAAGUGUUUUACCUAAGUUUCCAAGGUGUACUGAACAAUCUGCUAUCAAUGGAUUUUAAGUAAAAUAAAUCCCACUAUAAAAGAAGAACAGUACUCAUGAAUUAGUUACUUGUGCCAUAGGAAAAGAUCAAUUUUACUGCCCGUCACCAGGGUCUGGAGACCAGAGAGGAGGCAAAGAGGCACGAAGAAGGGAGCUUAGGAGCUUCCCAGAGGCACACUGACCAGACCAAGGAAGAAGCAGCCACCUGGCACCUACUGAAGGCCUGCUUUGGGAGGCACAGCUGGAGAAGCGUUAGGGGUGCAGAGCCAGAGCAUCACAAAUAGAAGCUAUAUGCUUGUAAAGGAGAAGCAGGAAUAAAUCUACUGAUCUAACACAGCAAUUUAACAAAGACUUAACGAGAUCCAAAAUGGCAAAGCACAUUAUUUACUGCACAGAGAGUAGCAUUA